AUGAAACUACAAUACUUCAUAUGCUUUAUAUGCAUUGUGCAACUAUGCGGGGCUCCUCCGGUGUCCCAGAAGAAGGAGAACCACGAGGAAGAUUCGCAAGUGAACAACCUCGAAGACUACAUGGAGUACGGCAGGUACCUGAAGGAGGUCGUCAACGCCCUGGAAUCCGAUCCAGAAUUCCGGGCGAAACUGGAGCACGCCAGCGAGGACGACAUACGUAGCGGCAAAAUCGCCGAGCACCUGGAAUUCGUCUCCCAUCACGUCCGCACCCGCUUGGACGAGAUCAAACGGCUGGAACUCGACAGGCUCAAGAAGCUGGUGGAACAGAAGCGGAAGCUCGAAGACACGAACGCCAUCGAUUUGGAGGACCCCAUGCACCAUCACGUCGACCACUCCAACCCCCAUACGUUCGAAAUAGACGAUUUGAAGAAGCUGAUCGCCAAGACCACGGCCGAUCUAGCCGAGGCCGAUCGCAAGCGAAAGGAGGAGUUUAAGCAUUACGAAUUGGAGAAGGAGUAUCAAAAAAGGGAAAAAUUGAACCACACCAAUGGAGAGGAAAGGGAGAAACUCGAAAAACAAUAUAAGGAGAUGGAAGAGAAGCACAAGAAGCACGAGAAGCUGCACGAACCGGGCCACAAGGCGCAGCUGGAAGAGGUGUGGGAGGAGCAGGACCAAAUGCAGCAGGACUUCGAUCCGAAGACCUUCUUCAUGCUGCACGAUCUCGACGGCAACGGCCUGUGGGACCAAGACGAGGUCAAGGCGCUGUUCGUCACCGAGCUGAAUAAAAUGUACAACGAGGCCUCGCCCGAGGACGACAUGCGCGAGAAGUACGAGGAGAUGGAGAGGAUGCGCGAGAGCGUGUUCAACGAAAUGGACAAGAACAACGACGGUUUCAUCGAUUUCGACGAGUUCCUACGCCAGACGAACUCCAACGAUUUCAAACAAGACCACGGUUGGCAGGCGCUCGACGAGCAAAAGGCCUUCUCCGACGAGGAGCUCGCCGAGUACAUAAGGCAACACGAACUCCAGCAGAUUCCGCCCGGCGUCUACCAGGCGCCCUCCGACGGGUAUCCCCACGCGCCGCCGAGCAAUUAUCAACAAGGUGGAUACCAACAACAUCCACAAGUACCUCCGGGAGGCUAUCAACAACAGGGAGGAUACCAACAACAUCCACAAGUUCCUCCAGGAGGCUACCAACAACAACAACAAGUACCUCCAGGAGGCUACCAACAACAGCAAGUUCCUCCAGGAGGCUACCAACAACAACAAGUACCUCCAGGAGGCUACCAACAACAACAAGUACCUCCAGUAGGCCACCAACAACAGCAAGUUCCUCCAGGAGGCUACCAGCAACAACAAGUACCUCCAGGAGGCUACCAACAACAGCAAGUUCCUCCAGGAGGCUACCAACAACAGCAACAUCACCAAGGAAAUAAUCCACAGGCUCCACAAGGAGGACACCAGCAAGGAGGAUCUGAUGGAAGCGCGCACCAGCAACAAGGAAUACCUCAGGGAGGUAAUCAGCAGGCUCCGGUUCCUCCACAGGGGCAGGUUAAUCAGCAGCAGCAGCAGCAACAGGGUGUUCCUCAAAAAGAUCUGAAUACGAACGAAGUGAAUCCAGGUCAUGCUCAACAACAGAUUAAUAGGAAUGCUCUGCAUUAG